UCAGCAACGAUGGGCAAAAAAUCCAAGAAAGCCGCGGUGUCCAGCACCACACCCACACCUAUCGCACCAUGGGUAUACAUCAACGACCCCAGGACCGGCAUCCCUCACAUUGGACACUUGCACGCCAUGCUUCCUGACUCUGCCAUUCUCCACAACCCAUCCGACCCCAAUGUCACUCUCCGUCUAUCAGACCUCCUCCUCACCCAUCUCACAUCCAAAACCGAGAUCCCCUUGAUUGCCGACAAGUUCUCCGGGUCAGGUGAAGGUGACCUGACCAAGAAACUCGCAACCGUCAAGGCCCUUCGCGACUCUGCGAUCAAAAACGGUUGUAACUUCGUCAGUGUCAACAUCUACGAGGGCGAAGGCACCGGUACCAAGAAGGAGGACGUGAAGAAAUGGGGCACCAACCAUCUCGAGGUCAAGGCGGGAGGAGACGAUGAGAAGAGCCAGAAAGUUGUCGCCGAGAAGAUCUAUCGUUGGCUAUUCAAGGUCUUGACACCGCAUGAAACCAUCCACCUGAUCCCGGAGUCGGAACUACAGGUCCGAGACACCAAGUCGUUCGCAGACUAUGCGUACUGCCCCAUCAGCGACAGCAAACUGCACCCGAAGAACGCCAAAAUCCAGUUCGUCGCCAUCGUGCUCACUCGCCCGGUGGUCGGUCCCGACCAGAAGUUGACAUGGAGCGUGGCAGACAGGACUGGUGUUGCAAACUUCUACUUCCAAUACCGCGGCGCCAGCAGCCAGUACACAUGGGACUGGUGCCUUGCCCUGCAACCAGGCGACCGCAAAGCCCUGCCUCGCAUGCCAAUGGUCGAAGUCAAGGAACGGAAGCGCGUCAAGAUUGCCAAAGCACCCUUCCGGGGUAUCAGUCUCGCCAUCACCGGCGUGGGCGUCACGGUCCGAGCGAUCGGCCACGGCGUAGCAAAACUGGGGUCUGCGGUCAAGAUGGGCCCGUCGUCUCGCUGGGUCCCCGAGGGCGACGUUACCGAUGAUGGCCAGGUGAUCGACUGGGCCAAGUUCUGGGACGAUGAGAAGAAGCAGAUCAAGUUGAAGGUCGAGGCGCAGAUGGGCCGUGGAGCUGGUGGUGGUCAGAAGAUGCCGGCUGUUGUUAAGGUUUUCAACGAGAAAGGCGAGAAGUUGUGGAGGGAUGAUGACAGCGUCGCGAGUACGGAGGCU